AUGCUAGUGGGUUCCGGCCGUCUUGAAACGUGCUGGUCGUGUAGACGGCCGGUAUUUCUAGCCGAGCGAUUGGUCGCCGGUGGGAAACUUCGACACCGAACUUGUUUCACUUGUAAAAGGUGCGGAAAUCAGCUUAAUUUGGUCGGAUGUUACGAAACCGAAUCGGGAGAUUUCGUUUGCGAAACUUGUCCGGAUGAAGAAAAAGAAAACGACAUUUCUCGGUCGGAAAAUGAAACGUUGAAAACGUUCGGAAACGAACAAUCGUCAUCGGUUGCUGACGAACCCGUGAAAAAUGUUGCUGACGAUGAUGGUGAUGAUGAUUAUAGUUUGAAUUUUGAAAUUGCUUUGGAUUCAUUUGUGAAAAAUCGUAAUUCAAGCAUGAAAGAAUUUUUGGGAAAUUUAAUAAAUAGUAGUUCAUCGGAUUCUCCCGAUACCAAAUCCGUAGUGGAUUCGAAAUCGAAUGAAAAUCCACCGUCCGUCGGAGUUUUAAAUCCCGCGGGAACAUCGUUGGAAUAUGGUUCGGAUUUGGUGAAUAGUGUGCCGCCAGUUAAAAGUGUUGAUGUAAACCAGCAUUCCACUGCCAGUUUGGAAAAAACAUUGAAUACUAAAAUCAAAACUUUGUUGGGUCGAGAUUUUAAGGAAACUUUGUCGCUCCUUAAUCACGAACCCGAAAGUUUUUUAGCUGACGUUUCUGACAUUAUUGAUAGUGUUAUAAGUGAUGCCGUGAAAAAAGUUGAAGAAAAACUUGAAGAUGAUUUAAGUGAAAAGCCAUCCGAUGAGAAGGAAUUAUUAUUAGAAAAAGGAGUUGGAGAAGAAAAGGAUGUGCUCAUUGAUAACAACGUCGACGACGAUGAUGAUGUUAAGAAUCCUUUUGAUUCGAAUGGUUCUACCGCUCGCGAAGAAGAAAAAAAGAAAAAAGAGAGCCUGGAAGCGACGGAAAUAAAUGAAUCUUUAGUGUCAACUAAAGAUGAGUCAAUGUCAAUCGAUGACGCUCAUGAAAAAGCAGAAAACUAUCCGGAAGAUUUGAAUCCUUUUGCAGAUUUCGAAGAAGAUGAAAAGAACGUUUCCGCGAAAACGUCAUCUCCAUCACCUCGAAAACCUCCAGUUCCAGCUGUCAGAACAAAAACUCCACGUAAAACAUCGUAUAAUCAAUCAGGUAAAAAAAUAAUCGAAGCUCCGAAAGUGAAUUUAAAUCCAUUUUGGAGCGAUGGCGAGCCGAGUAGUGAUGACGAAACUGGUGGAAAACCAAUUCCGGCUCCGAGAACUCUUUUAAAAGUUCCCGAGGAAGAUUCGCCAUUUUCCAGGUCUCAAUACGGAUCUUUUAGCUCCCUUAAUAGUUUAGGAUCGACGGCAAGUUACAUUAGGAAAAAAAAGGGUCCAGCACCUCAACCUCCGGCGGGUACCAAAUCAUUACAGUAUCCGGUGAGUCCUCCGGAGUCUUUGUCUUCCCAAAGAAGCUCGUCUCCUACGGCAUCGAUCAGAAGUCACAGAAAGUCAAAACCCGCUCCUCCUCCGCCGCCCAUCAAAUACAUAGACGGUGAUUACAUGAGCGAUAAAAAGGAGAAAAAUUACGAAAAUAAAAUGAAGCAAAAUUUAUCGGUACCUGAUAAGAGUUCGUACGGGAAAUGGAAAAGGAAAAAGGGUCAAGCUCCGGCUUUACCCAUACCGCAAAGAAGAAGGAUCACGCCUUUGCCACUCCCUGAAUUUUACAGAGAAUUGGAAGACUUGGAAAUACAACAGAGAGAAUUGGAAAGGCAAGGAGUUACCAUAGAACAAACUAUAAGAAUGUACGAAACGGAUGAUUCGACGCAGGAAUCGGAGGGAAGCGAAAUGUCCGGUAAAGACGUGGAAGGAAUGAUAUUGCAAUUGUUCGACAUAGUCAAUCAAAAAAACGAACUUUUCCGGAGGCAAGCGGAACUCAUGUAUUUGCGUAGACAACAGCGACUCGAAGAAGAACACGCGGAUAUCGAGUAUCAAAUCCGAUGUCUCAUGGGAAGACCGGAAAGAAACAAAACGGAUUCGGAUAAGGCUCAAGAAGAAGAAUUGAUAAGAAGGUUGGUUGAGGUUGUUGAAAGGCGAAACGAAAUAAUUGAAUGCCUUGACAUGGAUAGGAAAAGAGAAGUGGAAGAAGACAAAAGUAUACAUCAUCACCUUGAAGUAUUCGCAGGUGAGUAUAAUUUUAAAAUUAAAAUUGAAAAAAAAAAAAAAAAUUUCCUUGACACGAGGCAAAGUUUAUUUCACCGACAGAAAUAUAUAUAA